AUGAGCUUUUUAAAAAUAUUAGCUUUGGUAGUUUUGCUAAUAAAUGUAAAAAAAAAUUUUGUUGAAAAUAAAAAAUUAAAUUUUCCCGAAGAUAUAUAUAAAUCAUAUAUUGAUAGUAAACGAUGUUAUAGGGCCAAUAAAAAAUGGAAUAUUUUAGGGAAGUAUAUUAAAAAUAGAUUUGAUAAGGAGAAAUAUUUUUACAGUUUUAUAAAACCGAAUGAUUCAAACAUUGUAAAAUAUAAACUAUUAAAUAGGUAUACAAAAUUUAAGGGGAGUAAAAUAUUUAGUAGUGAAAAUAAAAGGGGGGAAAAUAAUGAUACUUUAUCAGAGGGGGAAGAAGAAUUUGUGGAAUACCAAGAAGAUAUAAAUGAAAAAAAAUUUGAAAAAGAACAAAAUGAGGUAGAUGAAGUGAAUCCAGAUUUGAAUAAUAAAAAGAAAAAGGUGAUAAAAAAAGACAAGUAUGGAAUACCAGAGGAAAAGCUAAACAUAAGACGAUUGCCUAAUAGUAAAAUAAAAUCAAAAUAUAACUUUUUUAAAAUAAAAACAUAUAAUGAAACAGCUAAUAUAAAUUAUAAAAAGAAAAAAAUAUUAACAAUUAAUGAAGGAAUACUUAAAAAUAAAAAAUUAUAUUCACCAGAUACUUAUACAAGACCUAUGAUGAGUAAAGUUAAAGAGUCAUUAUUUAAUAUACUAGUCCAUUUAGGAGUAUUUAAUUUUAAUAAUAUGAAUGUAAUAGAUGCUUUUAGUGGGAGUGGAAAUUUAGGUAUAGAAUGCAUUUCUAGAGGUCUUAACAAUGUAACUUUUGUAGAUUUAUCAUUAAAUUCUUGUAGAACUAUUUAUGAAAAUUUAAAAUUAUGUAAUAUACAACAUUUAAAUAAUAAAAUAAUUCGAUCUGAUGUAUUAGAAUUAUUAAAAAAUCCUUUUAAAUUUGAUGUACUUGACAAAUAUAAUUUAGGGUUUUUUACACCCCCAUAUGAGCAAAUCAUAUAUAGUGAGUUAGUACAUAGUAUAUCUAAAAGUGAAUUGUUUGAUAAUGAUGCUCUUAUUUUUAUAGAGUAUCCUAAAGAAAUAGAUAUGUUACCACAAAAGGUUGAUAAUUUAAUUGGUUUAAGAAAUCGAAAAUUCGGAAGAACUUAUUUUGCUAUAUAUGUUAUUAAUCAUACAGGGAAAUACGAUCACACUAUAAAUCAGGAAGAGUUUUAUCCAUUACAUUAUAAUAGGAAACAACGACGCCAAGAAAAGUAUAUAUAA